UUCAAAUGCCCUGACAGAAAAGGCGUGGCUGAUUUCUUGCAAGAAGUGACAUCUAAGAAGGAUCAACAGCAAUAUUGGGUAAGGAGGGACGAGCCUUACAGAUUUAUCACAUCGAAAGAAUUUGCUGAGGCUUAUCAGUCUUUCCAUGUUGGGAGAAAAGUAAGCGAUGAGCUUUCAACCGCAUUUGACAAGAGCAAAAGCCACCCUGCUGCUUUGACUACUGAAAAGUACGGUAUCGGAAAGAAACAGCUUUUGAAGGUUUGCACUGAAAGAGAAUUCUUGCUAAUGCAGCGGAACUCGUUUGUUUACAUCUUCAAAUUCUUCCAGCUCAUGGUCAUUGCACUUAUGACAAUGACCAUAUUUUUUCGAACUGAGAUGCCUCGGGAUACUGAGACAGAUGGAGGAAUAUAUACUGGUGCUCUCUUUUUUACGGUUGUUAUGCUUAUGUUUAAUGGUUUGUCUGAGCUCCCUUUGACACUCUACAAGCUUCCAGUCUUCUAUAAGCAAAGGGACUUUCUCUUCUAUCCUUCAUGGGCUUAUGCAAUUCCUUCAUGGAUCCUAAAAAUCCCAGUAACUCUUCUUGAAGUUGGGAUGUGGACGGUCCUCACCUAUUAUGUCAUCGGAUUUGAUCCUAAUGUUGGAAGAUUUUUCAAACAAUUUUUGCUACUCGUACUAGUAAACCAGAUGGCAUCAGGAUUGUUCCGAUUUAUCGCAGCAGUUGGAAGGACCAUGGGAGUUGCUAGCACAUUUGGAGCAUGUGCUCUGCUUCUACAAUUUGCAUUGGGUGGUUUCGCGCUUGCACGAACUGACGUGAAGGACUGGUGGAUUUGGGGAUACUGGACGUCACCACUCAUGUUCUCGGUGAAUGCAAUUCUUGUGAAUGAAUUUGAUGGGGAAAAGUGGAAACAUACUACCCCAACUGGAACUGAGCCACUUGGACCUUCGGUGGUGAGAUCUCGAGGGUUCUUUCCCGAUGCAUAUUGGUACUGGAUUGGUAUAGGGGCACUUGCUGGAUUCACAAUUCUGUUUAACAUUGCCUACAGUCUUGCUCUCGCUUAUCUUAACCCAUUCGGAAAGCCACAAGCUACGAUUUCAGAAGAGGGUGAGAACAACCAAAGUAGUGGAUCAUCGCCCCAGAUAACUAGCACAACAGAAGGAGAUUCUGCCAGUGAGAAUGAGAAUAAGAAGAAGGGCAUGGUUCUUCCAUUUGAACCCCAGUCCAUCACCUUUGAUGAAGUUGUAUACUCCGUUGACAUGCCUCCGGAAAUGAGAGAGCAAGGUAGCAGUGACAAUAGAUUAGUACUUUUGAAGGGUGUGAGUGGAGCUUUCAGACCAGGUGUUCUCACAGCUUUGAUGGGAGUUAGUGGGGCCGGUAAAACAACGUUGAUGGAUGUAUUGGCUGGAAGGAAAACCGGAGGUUACAUUGACGGGAGCAUCAAGAUUUCUGGAUAUCCCAAGAAGCAAGAAACCUUUGCACGUAUUUCUGGAUACUGUGAACAGAAUGACAUCCAUUCACCUUAUGUUACAGUUUACGAGUCUUUGGUUUACUCGGCUUGGCUGCGUUUACCUCAAGACGUCGAUGAACACAAAAGAAUGAUGUUUGUUGAGGAAGUUAUGGAUCUUGUUGAGCUUACACCACUAAGAUCAGCCUUAGUCGGGUUGCCAGGAGUCAAUGGUCUGUCAACUGAGCAACGUAAAAGGUUGACGAUUGCAGUUGAACUAGUAGCAAACCCCUCGAUCAUUUUCAUGGAUGAACCAACUUCAGGGUUGGAUGCAAGAGCUGCUGCAAUUGUGAUGAGAGCUGUUAGGAACACCGUCGAUACAGGAAGAACCGUUGUUUGUACCAUUCAUCAGCCUAGCAUUGACAUUUUCGAGGCUUUUGAUGAGUUGUUUCUUAUGAAACGAGGAGGACAAGAGAUAUACGUUGGUCCAUUAGGUCGCGAAUCAUGUCAUUUGAUAAAAUAUUUCGAGUCCAUGCCCGGUGUUGGAAAAAUAGAGGAAGGUUACAAUCCAGCAACUUGGAUGUUAGAAGUCACAUCCUCAUCUCAAGAAAUGUCAUUAGGGGUUGAUUUCACCGACUUAUACAAGAACUCAGACCUCUGCAGGAGGAACAAAGCCUUGAUUACGGAACUAAGUGUGCCACGACCUGGUACAAGUGACCUGCAUUUUGAAAACCAAUUCUCACAGCCAUUUUGGGUCCAAUGUAUGGCUUGCUUGUGGAAGCAACACUGGUCAUAUUGGCGUAAUCCGGCUUACACUGCAGUCAGAUUUCUCUUCACUACCUGUAUAGCACUCGUAUUCGGGUCAAUGUUCUGGGAUCUCGGUACCAAAGUGAGUAGGCCUCAAGAUCUAACCAACGCGAUGGGAUCUAUGUACGCUGCUGUUCUCUUCCUCGGUGUACAAAAUGCAUCAUCAGUUCAGCCUGUUGUAUCGGUUGAACGUACUGUAUUCUACAGAGAAAAAGCUGCCGGGAUGUACUCUGCCAUACCAUAUGCCUUUGCACAAGUUUUUAUUGAAAUUCCGUAUGUAUUUGUCCAAGCUGUUGUCUAUGGUCUCAUUGUCUAUUCUAUGAUUGGAUUUGAAUGGACCGUAGCAAAAUUCUUUUGGUACUUCUUCUUCAUGUUCUUCACUUUCCUAUACUUCACCUUCUUUGGCAUGAUGACCGUGGCUAUUACCCCGAAUCAAAACGUUGCUUCAAUUGUUGCUGGAUUCUUCUAUACAGUAUGGAAUCUCUUCUCAGGAUUCAUCGUUCCACGACCUCGUAUUCCGAUAUGGUGGAGAUGGUACUACUGGGCUUGCCCUGUUGCAUGGACAUUGUAUGGUUUGGUUGCAUCGCAAUUUGCAGACCUCCAAGAUACUGUUAAUGGUCAAACUGUGGAAGAAUACUUGAGAAAUGACUACGGAAUUAAACAUGAUUUUCUCGGAGUUGUUGCUGGUGUGAUCGUUGCAUUUGCUGUUGUUUUCGCCUUCACAUUUGCUUUAGGUAUCAAGGCAUUCAAUUUCCAGAAAAGAUAGAAAAGUGUGUUUAUAUAGUUUGUGUUAAUAUACUUGAAUAAGGUUAUGAACUUUUAGAUUACUGAAUAUGUUGUCUUAUUAAUCUUUCUGAAUUCCCAGUUUUGUUGUAUAAGAUGUUGUAAUUGU